UAUCCAUUAUUAAUGCAGUAGUCUGCAGUCUACAGUGCAUUUUAGUUUAAGAGCUAGACUAUUAUCUAUGUAGUCUUGUAGAUCUAUCUUAGACUACUUGUAAGAUGAGUAAGUCAUCAGGUCUUGCUCAGUGGACAGUAGUCAUCUGCUUUUAUAUAGCCCUUGAGGUGCUCACAAUCCAUGGGCAAAGUUGUCAUGUUGGAACUGAUGCUACAGAGUUUGAAGCUAACAAAGAACAUAGUUUCUACCUCAACACUCAAGAUCCAGCUCAAUGUGAUGGGACAAUAACUGAAUUUAAUUUCUGCUACUAUCGCUCGAACCCAAUUCAAUUGGCUGCAUCGUAUGACUUCACCUUCGCUGUGUUCAGAAGAAGCAGCUCAGAAUAUAUAAAUGUAUCAGAAGCAUUCACUACAGGCAGAACUGUGGCUAAUUCUAACCUUGGCUUGUUUGGCACAUUUGCCUGUAGAACUUUUUCGGUAAAUGAUAUUCCAGUGCAGGCUGGCGAUGUGAUUGGUGUUUGCAUUUAUGACCCUCCAGACAAUGCUGGUUUUACAACGAGACUGCCAAUAGACAUGGUUAGCCAAAAUGCAGGAUCAGAACAUUUUCUUAUGUCCACCGGUAACUCUGGCUGUGGAGACAUGUCCGUCCCAAACCCAGUAACAGUUAGUUCUCUUAAUAGAGCAAACCAGAGAGUUCUACACAUCCAUGCCGACAUAACUCCCCUUUCAACCACUGAACCUCCAACCAACCCCACAACUAUGGGCACAACACCACCCUCCUCUACAGAUCCUCCCAUAGCUACUAACAGCAUGACAGAGACUGAAAGCUCAACAGGCACAAUAGAAACUACUCACUCAAAUGAAGUGCCACUAACAAACUCUCCCACAACUAGCACAGGAAAUGAUUCGAUCACCAUGGCCCCUUUGGCCCCAGCCGAUAAUGCUGGAGUUGUAGCGGGUGUGGUGGUGUUUCUAUUGGUAGUAAUCGUCGUGGCAGUGGUGAUUUUGGUAGUCGUUUUUGUACUGGUGAAGAGAGGAAGAUCCCGAAAGGAGAUAACAGUGGGCAAUGUUGGUGGGAACACUAAUACUGGAACCAACAAUGGGAUGGACAAUGGUAUGUACUCAUUUACUAAGGGCCAGGAGUAUAGUGCAGAUUAUCAAGAAAUCAGCGCCACAAGGAGCCCAGUUCCUUCGUCACCCAAUGACUAUGAAAUGGAACACUCAUACGAAUCCAGCGAUGCUUUAGAGUUCAACUACUAUGCUGAAGUUGGACCCUUACUGGACACGAAUAACACACCAUAUGAGGUUCCACAAAGUAUGUCAACAACUAUUAGCUACAGACAGCUACUGGAAAAGAACAAAGAAGAGGACAUAUACGGCAGUGUGAGUGCGUAUGAGGUACCAGCUACUCGAGAACAGGAGAUCUAUGCUCAACUAAAGACGUGGGGAGUGACUUACAUUCAUCAAAGAGAUGUACAGAUUGCUGGUCACCUUGGGUCUGGUCAGUUUGGCAGUGUGGAGCAAGGAGUGUGGAAGAGACAGGGCACUCAACCAGUGGACGUGGCACUCAAAAGUCUCACCAAAACAUCAGAAGAGGACAAAGUCAAGUUCCUCCAAGAAGCCGCCAUCAUGGCUCAGUUCAGACACCCUAACGUUAUCAUGCUCCAUGGAGUGCUUGCUAAAGAGGAACCAAUGAUGAUUGCUGUCGAGUUUGCAAAAAAAGGAGAUUUGAGAAUUUUUUUACUAUCAAUCCGACCAAACUCACCAAGGGAGAUUAUGCCCGCUACUACUCCAAGAAUGUUACUGAAGUUCUCUCAACAAGUGGCUCUUGGGAUGCAGUACCUCUCAGCUAAAGGAUUUGUGCACAGAGACCUGGCUGCUAGGAAUGUGCUAGUGACUACAAAUAACAUAUGCAAGGUUGCUGAUUUUGGAAUGUCUCGAGAUCUUGCUGAUGAGAACUACUACGUCUCACAAGGAAAAGACAAGAUCCCUGUCAAGUGGACAGCCCCUGAGGCCAUUCACUACAAGAAGUACUCGACUGCCAGUGAUGUGUGGGCCUACGGGUGUCUGCUCUAUGAGAUAUGGAGCAUUGGGCACAAGCCGUUUGAAGCCAAUAAGAAUGUUGAGGUUAUAAGACUGAUUGAACAAGGUCAAAGGUUAGCUCCACCCCCUGGAACUCCCGAAGCAGUGUACGAGCUGAUGGUGCAAUGUUGGCAUUCAGAGAAUUCCCAACGUCCUGCUUUCAGAGAUGUUGUACUCAGUCUAGCCAGAGGUGAGGAGAUGGUCCUGAGCAUUCCCGAGGAGGACUCCUCCACUAACCCACUGGCUGGAGUAUUGGGAGCUCCACUGGAGGCCGGGGAGAACAUGUACUCUCAGCUGCAGAGCAGAUACAGUAGAAGAGUAUAGAACUGUUUAUUAAUUUAUGUGUGCAUACCAAACUUCAUACCAGCUGCACCCCCCUUUAUAAAUAUUGUAAUCUAAAUGUUGUCAUGCUAUUAAAUUCUCGCUACUAGUAGAUCUAUAAGAAGCUAUUCCUAAGAUGAGUAGAUCUAAGUCGUCAGGCCUAUAUACCUAAUCAUUUGCUUUAUAGUUGAGAUGCUCACAAUCCAUGGGCAAAGUUGUCUUGUUGGAACUGAUACUACUACAGAGUUGGAAGCUAGCAGAGAACGUGGUUUCUACCUCAACACUCAACAUCCAGCUCAAUGUAAUGGGACAAUAACUCAGUUUAAUUUCUGCUACUAUCGCUCAACCCUAUAUGCCGCAUCAUAUGACUUCACCUUCGCUGUGUUUAGAAGAAGCAGCCUGGAAACAUAUAUAAAUGUAUCAGAAGCAUUCACUACAGGCAGAACUGUUGCUAAUCUUGAUGGCACAUUUGCCUGUAAAACAUUCUCGGUAAAUGAUAUCCCAGUGCAGGCUGACGAUGUGAUUGGUGUUUGCAUUUACGACCCUCCAGACAAUGCUGAACCUGUCAGAAUAAGCAGGACUGAUUAUACAAACAGAUGGCAAAUAGACAUGGUUGGCCAAACUACAGGAUCUGAUCAGUUUCUACUAAUAUCCACCGGUAACUCUGGCUGUGGGGACAUGUCCAUCCCAAACCCAGUAGCAGUUAGUUCUCUUAAUAGAGUGGACGAUCGAGUUCUACACAUGUAUGCCGACAUAACUCCUCUCCCAACCACUGAACCUCCAAUCAUCCUCACGAUUAUGGGCACAACACCACCCUCCUCAACAGAUCCUCCCAUAGUUACUGACACACAAGAGACUGAAAGCUCAACAGGCACAAUAGAAACUACUCUCUCAAAUGAAGUGCCACUAACAAACUCUCCCACAACUAGUACAGGAAAUGAUUCAAUCACCACAAUGCCUUCUAGUGUCUCUUUUGCCCCAGCGGAUAAUACUGGAGUUGUAGCAGGUGUGGUGAUGUUUCUAUUGCUAGUAAUUGUCGUGGCAGUGGUGACUUUAGUAGUUGCUGUUUUUCUGGUAAAGAGAGGAAGAUCCCAAAAGGAGAUAAUAGAGGGUAAUGUUGGUGGGAACACUGAUACUGGAAUCAACAAUGAGAUGGGUAAG